AUGGCCGACAUUGAUAUGGCAACCCAACUGCAGGUCGACAGCUCUGUUGUCGGCACUACAGAGAUCGAUGAGUCCCUCUACAGUCGACAGCUCUACGUCCUAGGACACGAGGCGAUGAAGCGCAUGGGUGCUUCCAACGUCUUGAUUGUUGGUCUCAAGGGUCUCGGUGUUGAGAUUGCCAAGAACAUCGCCUUGGCUGGUGUCAAGAGCCUAACCCUCUACGAUCCUUCUCCCGUAGAAAUAUCAGACCUUUCCAGCCAAUUCUUCCUCACCCCGGCCGACGUCGGCAAGCCUCGUGAUGAGGUGACAGUCCCCCGGGUUGCCGAGCUGAAUGCUUAUACUCCAGUGAAGGCCCAUCAGUCUGGCGGGCUUGAGCACGAGCUAUCUCAGUUCGAUAACUACCAGGUAGUAGUCCUUACCAACGUUCCUCUUCGGGCCCAGAAGGCUAUCGCCGAUUACUGUCACACCAAGGGAAUCUACACCGUCAUCGCCGACACGUUUGGUCUCUUUGGAUCUAUCUUCUGUGACUUUGGUGAGAAGUUCACUGUCAUGGACCCCACUGGUGAGACACCUUCGAGCGGUAUCAUUGCUGGAAUCGAUGAAGAGGGCUUGGUAUCUGCUCUAGACGAGACACGCCAUGGGUUAGAGGAUGGCGACUAUGUCACCUUCUCCGAAGUCGAGGGGAUGGAAGGUCUAAAUGGUUCUGAGCCUCGUAAGAUUUCUGUCAAGGGCCCUUACACCUUCUCCAUUGGUGAUGUGUCUGGUCUUGGUCAGUACAGGCGGGGUGGAAUUUAUCAACAGGUCAAGAUGCCCAAGCUUAUCGACUACAAGAACUUCACUGCCGCUCUGAAGGAGCCCGAAUUUAUCAUGUCUGACUUUGCCAAGUUCGAUCGUCCCCAGCAACUUCACCUAGGAUUCCAGGCCCUUCACGCAUUCCAGGUCGCCAAGGACCGCCUUCCCAACCCCCAUCACGAGGAGGACGCGAUUACUGUGCUUGAGGCUGCGAAGAGGUUCGCCGCCGAGGAGAAGCUGGAAGUGGAGUUUGAUGAGAAGCUCAUCAAGGAGCUCAGCUAUCAAGCGAAGGGUGAUCUCAGUCCAAUGGCUGCUCUGUUCGGUGGAAUUGCUGCUCAGGAAGUGCUCAAGGCAGUAUCCGGAAAGUUCCAGCCAAUCAACCAGUGGUUCUACUUUGAUUCUCUUGAAUCUCUUCCUACAAGUAUUCAGAGGAACGCUGAGACCUGCAAACCCACCGGCAGCCGCUAUGACGGGCAAAUUGCCGUCUUUGGCACAGAGUUCCAAGAGAAGAUUGCCAACCUCAAGCAGUUCCUUGUGGGUGCAGGAGCCAUUGGAUGCGAGACAUUGAAGAAUUGGGCAAUGAUGGGACUGGGAACUGGCCCCGAGGGCAAGAUCUGGGUCACGGAUAAUGAUUCCAUCGAAAAGAGUAAUCUGAACCGUCAGUUCCUUUUCCGUGCUGCCGAUGUCGGUAGUAUGAAGAGUGACCGAGCUGCCUUGGCUGUUCAGCGCAUGAACCCGGAUCUGGGUGGACAUAUCGAGACUUUCAAGGAGCGUAUUGGCCCUGAGACCGAGCAUGUGUUCAAUGAAGAUUUCUGGCAGGCUCUUGAUGGUGUUACCAACGCCCUGGACAACGUCGAGGCUCGUACCUACGUUGAUCGCCGAUGCGUAUUUUUCCGCAAGCCUCUACUCGAAAGUGGCACUCUUGGAACCAAGGGCAACACCCAGGUUGUCUUACCCCAUAUUACGGAGUCCUACUCGUCCUCUCAGGACCCCCCUGAGAAGGAAUUUCCCAUGUGCACAAUUCGCAGCUUCCCCAACCGAAUCGAGCAUACUAUUGCCUGGGCCAAGGAAUAUAUGUUCGAGAGAUGUUUUGUCAAGGCACCCCAGACUGUGAACUUAUACUUGGCUCAGCCCAACUUUUUGGAGACGACUUUGAAGCAGGGAGGGAACCAAAAGGAUACCCUGGAAACCAUCCGCAACUACCUCACUACCGAGCGACCUCGCACAUUCGAGGACUGCAUUGCUUGGGCCAGAAACCAGUUCGAAGUCGAAUUUUCCAACAAGGUUCAGCAGCUUCUGUACAACUUCCCCAAGGAUGCCGAGACGUCGACUGGUACCCCCUUCUGGUCUGGUCCAAAGCGCGCCCCUGACGCCCUCAAAUUCGACCCCAAUAACCCCACACAUUUUGCUUUCAUUGUUGCGGGCGCGAACCUGCACGCUUUCAACUACAAUAUCAAGUCGCCCGGUAACGACAGGUUAAUCUACCUUAAGGAGCUCGAGAACACUAUUGUGCCUGACUUCUCCCCCGACUCCAACGUGAAGAUCCAAGUUGAUGACAAGGAGCCUGACCCGAACGCAGGUGCUACGGAUGAUGACGAUGACCUAAGCAAGCUCACCGCCAGCCUUCCAUCACCCAGCACACUGGCUGGAUUCCAACUCACCCCUGUGGAUUUUGAGAAGGACGACGACAGCAACCAUCACAUCGAUUUCAUUACUGCCUGCAGCAACCUGCGAGCAGAAAACUACAAGAUCGAGCCUGCAGAUCGCCACAAGACCAAGUUUAUUGCUGGAAAGAUCAUUCCUGCCAUCGCCACCACAACCGCUUUGGUCACUGGUCUGAUUGGCCUCGAGCUGUACAAGGUCAUUGAUGGAAAAGAUGACAUCGAGCAAUACAAGAACGGCUUCAUCAACCUUGCACUUCCCUUCUUCGGAUUCAGUGAGCCUAUUGCCAGUCCCAAGGUGGAAUACAAGGGUCCUGAGGGCAAGGUUACACUGGACAAGAUAUGGGAUCGUUUCGAAGUAGACGAUAUUACACUGCAGGAGCUCUUGGAUUAUUUCAAGAACAAGGGCUUAAGCGUCAGCAUGCUGAGCUCAGGGGUCAGCCUCCUGUAUGCAAGCUUCUUCCCUCCUGCAAAGCUCAAGGAUCGUUACGGCCUGAAGCUCAGCAAGUUGGUGGAAACCAUCUCAAAGAAGCCAAUCCCUGCGCACCAGAAGGAGGUCAUCUUUGAAAUUGUUGCUGAGGAUGUGGAUGACGAAGACGUGGAGGUUCCUUAUAUUAAAGUCAAGGCCAGCAAAAUUACCGAUUGGGUCAGCGUGAGCGACAAGUCCGGCGAGUUCAAGCGCCAGGUCAGCUCAUUCCGUGACUGGAUCUCGCGGGAGGCCGGUGCCCAGUAUCCCCCCGAGAAGGGUCGAUACCACCUCUACGUCAGCUAUGCUUGUCCAUGGGCCUGCCGUACACUCAUUGCCCGCAAGCUCAAGGGACUGGAGGAUAUCAUCUCCUUCUCAGUCGUCCACUGGCACCUGGGCCAGGGCGGCUGGCGUUUUGUGACCAAGGAUGAGAAGGAGCCAGGCGAGAAUGUGAUUCCCGACCCAAUUGAGGGCCACGAGGACUUCACCCACCUGAAGCAGGUGUACUUUGAGUCUGAGCCCGAGUAUGCCGCCAGAUUCACCGUCCCUGUUCUCUAUGACAAGAAGACCAAGCGAAUUGUCAGCAACGAGAGCAGCGAGAUCUUGCGCAUGCUGGCCAGCGAGUUUGACGACCUCAUUGAGGAAAAGUACCGUGCCAUCUCCCUGUACCCCAAGGAGCUGCAGAAGGACAUCGAGGAGGCCCACUCCUGGAUCUACGACGGCAUCAACAACGGCGUCUACAAGUCGGGCUUCGCCACCACCUACGACGCCUACGAGCGCAACGUGGUCGCCCUCUUCUCGGCCCUGGACCGCGCCGAGAAGCACCUCUCCCAGCAGAGGGACGGCCCCUACUGGUUCGGCAAGACGCUGACCGAGGUCGACGUGCGCCUGUACGUGACCAUCAUCCGCUUCGACCCCGUUUACGUCCAGCACUUCAAGUGCAACCUCAAGGACAUCCGCUCGGGGUACCCGGCCCUGCACAAGUGGAUGCGCAGCCUGUACUGGGGCGACGCGGCGUUCCGGGACACGACUCAGUUCGACCACAUCAAGUGGCACUACAUGCGCAGUCACACCCAGAUCAACCCGCUGUCCAUCACGCCGCUCGGCCCUCUGCCCCAUAUCCUGCCUUUGGAGGAGGAGGUCCCUGCGGUGGCGGCUGCUAAGCAGUAG